CACCCCGCGACGUCACGUCACAUGACUUCCCGGGCUCAGUCCGUACUCCACCCGUAAGCAGCCAUGAUGCAGGAAGGGCUGGACGACGGCCCAGACUUCCUCUCCGAAGAAGACCGAGGACCCAGGGCUGUGAAUGUGGACCUGCAGACGGACGCCACUCUGCAGGUGGACAUCUCUGAUGCCCUGAGUGAGCGAGAUAAGGUCAAGUUCACAGUUCACACCAAGAGCACGCUCCCUAACUUCAAGCAGAACGAGUUCUCUGUGGUCCGACAACACGAGGAGUUCAUCUGGCUCCAUGACUCCUUUGUGGAGAACGAGGACUACGCCGGCUACAUCAUCCCCCCUGCGCCCCCAAGGCCAGACUUCGACGCGUCCCGGGAGAAGCUCCAGAAGCUGGGGGAGGGGGAGGGCUCCAUGACCAAGGAGGAGUUCACCAAGAUGAAGCAGGAGCUGGAGGCGGAGUACCUGGCCAUCUUCAAGAAGACGGUAGCGAUGCACGAGGUGUUCCUGUGUCGCGUGGCAGCCCACCCCGUCCUGAAGAAAGACCUCAACUUCCACGUCUUCCUGGAGUACAACCAAGACCUGAGCGUGCGAGGAAAGAACAAGAAGGAGAAGCUGGAGGACUUCUUCAAGAACGUGGUCAAGUCCGCGGACGGAGUGCUGGUGGCCGGCGUCAAGGACGUGGACGACUUCUUCGAGCACGAGAAGACGUUCCUGCUGGAGUACCACAACCGCGUGAAGGACGCCUCGCUCAAGUCCGACAAGAUGAUCCGCUCACACAAAAAUGCAGCUGAUGACAUCAACAGAAUCUCCUCCUCACUCUACACGUUAGGAACGCAGGACUCCACAGACGUCUGCAAGUUCUUCCUAAAAGUGUCAGAGUUGCUGGAAAAGACACGGAAGAUCGAGGCCCGCGUUGCAGCAGACGAAGACCUGAAGCUAGCAGAUUUACUGAAGUACUACCUGAGAGAGUCCCAGGCUGCUAAGGACCUGCUGUACAGGCGGGGUCGGGCGCUGGUGGACUACGAGAACGCCAACAAGGCGCUGGACAAAGCCCGGUCCAAGAACAAAGACGUGCUGCAGGCGGAGACCGGCCAGCAACUCUGCUGCCACAAGUUUGAGAAGAUCUCAGAGUCCGCCAAACAAGAGCUUGUUGACUUCAAGACGAGACGAGUGGCCGCAUUCAGGAAGAACCUGGUGGAGCUGGCGGAGCUGGAGCUCAAACAUGCAAAGGGUCACCUCCAGUUGUUGCAGAGCUGUCUGGGCAUCCUGAAGGGCGACACCUAACUCCACCCUCCUCCAUCACCACCACCGUCCCAACGCAAAACCCCUGCAGUUGUUCUGUGUGAGACAGUUUGUCUGGGAUUGUAUUUUAAUUUGUACAUCUUCUGGAGCCAUCACUAUAAGAGCGCCACCAUACUGUACAGGGUACCUUACCCUCUACCCUACCCUGUACAGUACAAGUACCACCCAGUUGAGUACAGAUACUGGGUACAAUACCUGUACUCUACUGGGUACUUUGCCAGUAUACAGCCACUACACCUGUACUCUCCUGGGUACUGUGCCAGUAUACAUUUACUACACCCGUAUUCUUGCACAGAACAGGAUCCUCCCAGCAGCCUUUUAGUUCCUGGUCUGGCCUGCUACGCCUACAGCUCCUAUCACUAGCGCCAGGCUAGCCGCACCAAUACAAAUCGAUUUAACAGUAUUGGUUAUACCGCUGAGCUAGCCACAAGCUUAGCACUACCACCAGCGCAGGGCGACUUACCCGCCGCCCCGUUGCUAGUCGUCGUGCUAAGCUAGCCGCUAGCUAGCGCUCCGCCCAGCUGAGCGUGCUCAGCGUGUCCCGGGGGGGGGGGGGGAGUGGUGCUGUGAGUCCAGCUGAUUGUUACUGUUAUUAUUAUACUGUUAUUAUUAAUGUUUCACUAAAACUUGUACAUUUUUGUAUUGGUUAUUAAUGAUCUGCAUCGUAAUCCUUCCAUUAUUAAUUUUGUGUCUUGAUUUUGGCUGAAGCGACCCCAUCUCAUCGUGCUUCAGUGUGUUUGCCUUAAUGUAGAUUCAUGUCCCUUAUUGUAAAGAAAACAUGGAUGUGUCCCCCCUCCCCCCCCCCCAUAUUUUUUUAGUGCACUGUAAAUGAAUGUUUUCCACUCCUAUGUGACCAAAGCUCCCAUUCACACACAAAUAAACCAAGUUGUCACCA